GCGCGUUCAGUUUGCGCCAUUACGUCGGUGCGCUGGCCGCUGCUGUGCUGCAAGGCAGACAGGCAGGCAAAGCAGUUGCAGAGACAGCAGGGAGUGCUGACAACAACGCACAGGCUCGUGUUGGGAAAGUCAGAAACGCAACAUUUUCCGAAUCUGUGACUUUAAUGCACGGCGUUUUUCACCCCCCGAGCCCCUCUGCUGAUCACACACUCUUUGCUUUGGUGCAUGCGUGGGAUUAUCGCUCUCUCGACCUGAAAUGACUGCUAGUCUCCGCGUCUAGCCAAUGGUUACCGCUGGGGCUCCUGUCUUGUGGAUUAUCCGUCGUCGCCGAGCCAGUCGCAUGGUCGAGCCCGGAGGAGGCCCCGCUCUACUGGAUGGAUGUGUGUGAAGCAGCGCCGAACUCCGAGUUACCGAUGAAGGCUGUGAUGAAGAUGUCGCUUGGGUUUUAUCGGCAGCGGCUGAACUGAUCUUGGAUGUUUGGGCUGUAUCGCCCCCCUGUACGCGGACUAUUUCCUCACACAACAAAAAUUGUAUUCCUUAAAAACUGGACGCCCCUGGAGCAGUUUAUGACGACCCUGGUAGGAGCGUGAUGAGCGCGCGCUUCCGCUUGCCUGCUGGCAGAUCCUACAAUGUCCGGGCGACGGAGCUGGAGCGAGACAGGCAGCACACACAGGUUGUGUGCAACGUACUGCUGCUGGACAACACUGUCCAGGCCUUCAAAGUCAAUAAGUCGGAUAAUGGCCAGGUGUUGCUGGAUGCUGUCUUCAAGCACCUGGAGCUGACUGAGAGGGACUACUUUGGCCUGCACUUGACUGACGACUCAUCAGAUGCACCGCGCUGGCUGGAUCCCAAUAAGCCCAUCAGGAAACAGUUAAAAAGAGGGUCUCCCCAUAAUUUAAGCUUCAGAGUCAAAUUCUUUGUGACAGACCCCGGUAAACUUCAGGAAGAAUACACACGGUACCAGUAUUUUCUUCAGAUCAAACAGGAUUUAUUAACUGGAAGAUUGCCCUGUCCUCACAACACAGCCGCGCUGCUGGCUUCCUACGCUGUACAAUCUGAGUUGGGGGACUACAGUGAAACAGAGCAUAGUCCAGGCUAUCUGUCUGAGUACUCCUUUAUCCCAAACCCCCCUCAAGACUUUCACAAAGAGGUCGCCAAACAUCACCAGCAGCACAGUGGUCUAUCUCCGGCCGAGUCAGAGUUUAAUUACCUGAACACAGCACGCACGCUGGAGCUCUAUGGGGUAGAGCUGCACUAUGCAAGGGACCAGAGUAACACAGAGAUUCUCAUUGGGGUGAUGUCUGCUGGAAUUGUGAUUUACAAGAACAGGGUACGGAUCAACUAUUUCCCAUGGUUGAAAAUAGUGAAAAUCUCCUUCAAGUGCAAACAGUUCUUCAUCCAGCUGAGAAGAGAGGCAACUGAGUCUCGUGAGACGCUGCUUGGUUUCAACAUGGUCAACUAUCGGGCCUGUAAGAACCUGUGGAAGGCCUGCGUGGAGCACCACACCUUCUUCAGGCUGGAGCGGCCCAUCCCGCCACAGAAGAACUUCUUCGCCCACUACUUCACCCUGGGCUCAAAGUUCAGAUACUGUGGGCGGACGGAGGUACAGUCUGUGCAGUAUGGAAAGGAGAAAGGCAUCAAGGACAGAGUAUUUGCCAGAUCUCCCAGUAAGCCUCUGGCCAGGAAGUUGGUGAGUGGAACUGACUGGGAGUCGGUCAGCAGGAACAGUCUCUCAGAUGAGAGAUUGGAGACUCAGAGCCUGCCCACUCGCUCCCCACCUGGCACUCCCAAUCAGAACUCGCUGUUUGUACAAGAAGGCACACGACUACGGCCAUCAUCAGUCGGCCACCUGGUGGAUCAUGUGAUCCAUGCUUCACCCAGCCUGCCUGUCUUCUCCUCCAAUCACAAGUCAGCAUCGUCCACGCAGGCUAACAGCAUCAGCCUGGACUCUACGCCGUCUCCAGAUGGGGUAGAUGGCCAGCCUCCCGCUCUCCCACCUAAGCAGCUGAGCAGGAAGACACUGAGCCAGAUCAUCCAAGCCCACUCCCAGCAAAGCCUCCUGGACAACCACCUCAAUGAGAUGUAUGACGUUCCCGUCAAUGCUGACAAGACCACGUUGAACGGAGUAGUCCCUCAUGAUAACUUGGUCCUGAUCAAGAUGAGACCAGAUGAACACGGACGUUUCGGCUUCAAUGUCAAGGGUGGAGCUGACCAGAAAAUGCCCAUCAUUGUGUCUAGAGUGGCUCCGGGAACCUCAGCUGACCUUUGUGUGCCUCGACUUAACGAGGGCGACCAGGUAGUGUUAAUUAAUGGGCGGGACAUCUCUGACCACACCCAUGACCAGGUAGUCAUGUUCAUCAAAGCCAGCUGUGAGAGCCACUCGGGGGAGCUCAUCCUAUUGGUCAGACCAAAUGCCAUCUAUGACGUGGUGGAGGAGAAGGUGGAUCCAGAGCCAGAUUUCCAGUACAUCCCUGAAAAGUCCCCUCAGGACCCGGCCCAGCUAGACCAACAUGCUUUGAGGGACUGUAUGGUCACACUGAAGGAAGGCCUGAGUAGUGGAGCCAUACUGGCACAGUUUGAUCAACUGUACAGGAAGAGGCCGGGGAUGACCAUGCUGUGUGCCAAAUUACCUCAGAACGUUUCCAAAAAUCGCUACAGAGACAUCUCUCCUUAUGAUGCCACCCGCGUCAUUCUGAAAAGCACAGAUGAUUACAUCAAUGCAAAUUAUAUCAAUAUGGAGAUUCCUGCGUCCAGUCUGAUAAACCGCUACAUUGCCUGCCAGGGCCCGCUGCCCAACACCUGCCCCGACUUCUGGCAAAUGACGUGGGAGCAGGGCUCAUCUAUGGUGGUCAUGCUGACUACCCAGGUCGAGAGGGGGCGGGUGAAGUGUCACCAGUACUGGCCUAACCCAGACAGCAGCGCUACAUACGGAGACUUCACUAUUAUGUGCCACAAUGAAGAGGGCAACUCUGCCUUCCUGGUCCGGGAGAUGACUCUCAUACACACACCGAGUGAGCAACAGAGGGAAAUUACUCAGAUUCAGUACCUGGCUUGGCCAGACCACGGCGUUCCCGAUGACUCCACUGAUUUUUUGGACUUUGUGGCACUGGUACGGACCAAACGGGCUGGACAGGACCAGCCGAUGGUGGUACACUGCAGCGCUGGGAUUGGUCGGACAGGCGUUCUGAUCACAAUGGAGACGGCGCUGUGUCUAAUGGAGUGCGGUCAGCCGGUGUAUCCUCUAGAAAUCGUCAAGACCAUGAGAGAUCAGAGGGCCAUGAUGAUACAGACGCCUAGCCAGUACCGCUUUGUGUGCGAGGCCAUCCUGAAAGUCUACGAGGAAGACCUGUUCAAACCACUCAAGACGGCCCUUUACCAGCAGAGAGAAAAGGUGACGGAUGAGAAGGAGGAGCGGAAAGAGCAGCAGAAAGCAGGAGAGGAGCGAGAAGAGGCGGCAGCAGCGGAGAAAGGGGAGGCAGCCAAGGUGGAGAUGCUGGAAGAAGAGCUGGAUGGAGAAGAUGAUGAUGAAGUGGAGGUGCUGGAUGUGGGAGAAGUGACAGAAGAGGGGGAGGAAGAGGAGGAGGAGGAGGAGGAAGUGGAGGAGCCAAGUGUUGCGAGCGCCACCAGCGUGACGAGCGAGACCAGCGUGAACCCUGAUCCUGAUAACCCGUGACGUGUGACCU